CUAGAUUACAGGAAGCAAAAGCAAUCGGCAUUUGUUUUGGUUUUGUUUUUAACGCUUCGAACAUUGUUUUCUUGCGGGCGACACGAAACUGACAUUGAAAGUAAGCAACUGAACUUUGAGUCUGCUCAGGAGAAGCUGGCAUGUCGCGGCCGCGUAAGAGCAAACUACCGAAGCCCCUACCGGACGGCUUUAACCUGGCCGACAGCGAGAAGAAGCGCUGGAGGCUGGGCAGACUCAUCGGUCAGGGCGGCUUCGGGCUCAUAUAUCUAGCCUCCCAGGAUGUGGACUCAGCUGUUGCAGAAGACACCGGCUUUGUCAUAAAAGUGGAGUACCAGGAGAACGGCCCCCUGUUCUCAGAGCUCAAGUUCUAUCAGAGGGCAGCCAAGGCGGAGAUCAUAGAACAAUGGAAAAAUAGCAAGAAGUUGAGCUUCUUGGGCAUACCAACCUACUGGGGAUCAGGGCUAGCUGAACACAAUGGACUCAGGUACCGCUUCAUGGUCAUGGAGCGGCUGGGCGGAGACCUCCAGAGAGUGUCGGAGUGCAACAGGGGUCAAAUGAAGAGGGCCACCGUGCUCCAGAUUGGUCAGAGGCUGUUGGAUGUGCUGGAGUAUAUCCAUGACCAUGAAUACGUCCACGCAGACAUCAAAGCUGCCAAUCUAAUGCUGGGUUACACAGACCCGGAGAAGGUCUACCUUGCAGACUACGGCCUGGCUUACAGGUACUGCCCUGGGGGAAUACACAGGGAGUAUAAAGAGAACCCCAAGAAGGGCCACAACGGCACCAUGGAGUACACCAGUCUGGACGCCCACCUUGGAGUUGCACCCUCUCGGCGUGGGGACCUCCAGGUGCUGGGGUUCUGUUUGCUCCACUGGCUGUGUGGCGCGCUGCCUUGGGACGGCAUGCUGUCCAACCCUGCCCAGGUCCAAGAAGCCAAGGCAAAACUGAUGAAUAAUCUGCCUCGCUCGGUCCAGCAGCUGUCUGCUAGUGGAUCAUCUACGGACGAGGUAGCGAGGUUGCUCCUGAACGUCAAAUCCCUAGGGUACCAGCAGCGGCCAGACUACCAGAUGCUCAGGGACCUGCUGGGCAGCGGCGUUCAGGGAAGGCUCGACUUCUCCAGGCCCCACGGACGCCCAGCCGCUGGGACCCUGGAGGAUCCCCUUCCACGGGGCAAGGUGGGAACAUCAAAAAGACCACCCAAACCUGUGUCGUUGGAUGAAGAAGAGGAUGGUGCGAAAGGGGAUGUGACGAAGACCAAACCAAGUGGGGUCAAACAAGGAACAGUUGCUAACAGCCCACGGACUGAACAAAAGGGGAGGACCUCCAGAGGAACUUCGAAACCUGAAGCCAUGGAGCUGAAGGAGGAGGAGCUGGCAAGGAAGACCAAACCCAUUCCCUCUCAAUAUCUAAGAGGACCACCAGCAAGUAGGCCUGAGGCAUCAGGAACAGCUGCGGUUAGGCGAUCAUCGAGAGCCAGGUCAGUGCCGGCUGGGUUUUAUGAAGAAGAUUAUGAAAGUGAAGAGGACGAAGAGGACUGGGAGAAAGAGACCAUUCCCAUUGCUGCUUGCCACCUCAGAGGGCCCCCCAUCGGCCCAAGACCAGAGCAGACAUCUGCGACAACACUCCACACCGGAAGAAGGGCAGACGUCCGGUACGUCUGCACGAAACCCCUGACAGUGAGCACAGCCCGGAGGCACGUACACUUCCUCGAUCCCCUCCCCCACGGAGGGGGGAGGGGCCGAGGCAUCCUGGAGUGGGAGGAGCCAUCUCCCAGGGUCCCCAGAGAGGAGCCCGGUGUCAAUUUGAUAGCGAGGACCAUCUGGAGGAACAUGUUUGUCUGCGGCACCGUUUUCGCAACCCUCUUUUUUGUCUUAGUUUGUGUUGAGACACUGAGGUGACACGCACAACCGUAAUACAAAUAUGAAUCACUAGAGCUGGAUCGUGUGGGCCGUCCUGCCCGUGGCUCCCAUGUAGUAAUGUUGGUUGGAAUGUGGUGGAAGACGGAAGAGGAAUCCUCAACCUCAGGAUAGUGGUGCUGCCAUCUUUACAGUGAUUGGCUGAAACACAAGCGAAAACAUAAUUUUUGUUUGAGUAAAGGGUAUCCUAACAAGAGGCUCUUUUAUAAAACAUCUGUAGUUGGAUUUGUUGACACUGAAGACUACCCAAUACAUCGGAGCACAAUGCCACUCUCAAGGUGCUGACAAACAUGCAUUUAACGGUGCAUCACUCUCAGGUGAAAGGGUUGACAAAACAGUUAUUGAUGUAUGCAGGUGCUCACUCACAAAGAGACUGUCACUAUUCUAUAUGCCAGUGUUCAUCAACCAGUUUUGUACUGCAGGUAGCACGUAGGAUGUCAUUCUUGAAAUAUACUUUACAAUAUUAGAAAAAUAAGGGAGUCGUUUUUCAUAGUAAUGUCUUCCAUUCAUGUUUCUUAUGGAUUUGUGUUUGCAAAAUAAACACACUUGCAGCAUUAGCAUUUCUUUCAACAGUUUUCCACUGACCAUGGCCUUUUUAACCGUAAAAAUAAUUGAGUCAAAUGCUUGCACUCUAGGCUCCACCACUGUAUGUGUAUUUAUGUAAUCCUUACAAAAUGCAUAUAAGGUGGUCUGCGAAAAGGUCUUGAUGACAAUUUAGUGAUACAGCUUAUGUCAAAGGUCAAGAUCCACUGCAAUAUGCAGUAUACAAAGCAGGUGUGUUCAUUAGCCAAAGAAUAUGUUGAAGGCCACUGUUGACUCAAUAAUACGAGCAAAGAUGUUGGAUCAUACCUUGCUGCAGUACGGACACUCGCCAAACACCACACUGAAGCUCUGCCUGCUGGAUGGCAGUGCACGCAGCCACUUGUGGAGAAGGAGAGAACGGAAGAAUAUUCCUGUGUAUACAUACUUUAUAUGUUCUUAUACGUGCUUGGAAAAGAAUUGGGGACAUAUUGUUGUCUAUUUGUAAAUGUUAUGUGAUCAUUCAAAGAAGGUAUUCUGAUCGGUCAACCUCUUUCAGUUUAUCCAUUCUACCUGAGGAGAAAGAAAAAGUCUAUCGCAUUGAUGGUGGUGAUUGGUGGCAAUCUCUGACCUCACAUUUUUGGAUAUGCAAGAUCAUUUAUCAUAUCUUGGUAUAUGGGCCAAAGAUAUCUGGCCAUUAUUUUAUUUAGGCAGUGCCUUAUUAACAUCUUCCCAAUGGAACACAUUAGUACAGACAUUAUGUAAUGAGACAGACUUGCAGAUCAUCCUGUGUAUGCGUGUGCGCGUUGGCGUGUACAUACCUCAUACAGACAGGCCUGGUGGAAGGGCUGGCCGCAACGCGGGUCGUUGCACACCUGAUCCGGGAUGGCGGUCUCCAGUCGAUAGGCAUAACAGAUGCCACACUCUGCGCUGAAGCUCUGCACACACAGGAGCACGUAACGCAUGAUAUCGCUGACACCACCCCUCAGCCGUCAAUUAUGAGGGCCGCAUGUUGUUAUUUUUUAAUCCGAAAAACAAGCAAACGAAGAAAAAGGGCGCAUCAGCAGUUAUGUUCUUCGCUAUUUGUAUUUCACACACACAAAUUGUAAUUUUAGACAAGACUUCUGCAUAGCUGAGCCUAGAAGUGUUUGAUUUACUUAAAAUCAGUUCCGGUUUUCCUUGAAAGCCCAUUUUGGUGCCUUUAGAGCUGAACCUUAAAGUGUGUCCUAAAGAUGUGUGAAUAAAAAUCAUUCUUACGGAG